CUGGUUUCCUUUUGGCUUCCGCCCUUUGCCCAUGUGUGAGAAGCAGGCUACUGCGAUGAACGUGACCCAGGCUGCCGAGGGCCUUCUUGCUUUGAGUCAGCAGGAAGAACUGGUGGAUUUACCAAGCAACCACCCAUUGAGUGCCAGUGAAGAUGAGGAGGAUGGUGAUGGAGAAAGAAAGCAUCAAAAGCUUCUGGAAACAAUCAGUUCCCUUAAUGGAACUAAUAGGUGGAAGUUGACUGAGAGAUCUGAAGCUAGUUUGAAGGUGUCAGAGUUCAAUGUCACUUCCAAAGGAUCAGGAGAAAAGCUGGCCCUUUCAGAUCUGCUUGGUCCUGCUAAGGCUUCAUCCUCAUUGGAUACUGUAAAAAAGCAACUGAAUAGAGUCAAAUCAAAGAAGACUCUAGAAUUACCCCUUAACAAAGAAGAGGCUGAACGGAUCCACAGAGAAGUAGCAUUCAAUAAAACCUCACAAAUCCUCUCCAAAUGGGAUCCCAUCGUUCUGAACAACCGACAAGCAGAACAGCUAGUUUUUCCAAUGGAGAAGGAGCCACCAGCCUAUGUUCCAAUUGAGCAUGCAUUCCAUGGCUGGAAGGCAACAACUCCCCUGGAGCAGGAAGUUUUUAACCUCCUCAAUAAGAACAAGCAGCCAGUGACAGACCCUUUACUGACUCCCAUGGAAAAAGCUUCCCUCAAAGCCAUGAGCCUGGAAGAGGCUAAGAUGCGCCGAGCAGAGCUUCAAAGGGCACGAGCUCUGCAGUCCUACUAUGAGGCCAGGGCUCGAAGAGAGAAGAAAAUCAAAAGUAAAAAAUAUCACAAAAUUGUGAAGAAAGGAAAGGCUAAGAAAGCUCUAAAAGACUUUGAACAACUGCAGAAGGUAGAUCCAAAUGCUGCGCUGGAAGAACUGGAAAAAAUUGAAAAGGCCAGAAUGAUGGAACGAAUGAGCCUUAAACACCAGAACAGUGGGAAAUGGGCCAAGUCAAAGGCUAUUAUGGCCAAAUAUGACCUAGAGGCUCGCCAAGCUAUGCAAGAACAAUUGGCUAAGAAUAAAGAACUAACACAGAAACUCCAAGUCAUAUCUGAGAGUGAGGGAGAGGAGGGAGAAGCAGAAGAGGAAGAACCCCUUGUCCCUGAUGCAGUGAAUGAAGUACAGAUGAAUGGGGGUGGCACAAAUCCCUGGAUGUUCAGGAAGUACAAUGGUGAUGCAAAAGAGGGGGAAAUCCAGGCAGACCCUGAGGACCCUGAACAGCUGCCUGAGACUGUGGCCCAUGAGUUUUCUGAAAGUGAAGAAGAUGAAAGACCAGUGGAAGAGGAAGAAGUUUUGUUGCAAGAAUUUGAGGAAAAGAGAUCCCUUAGAAAAAGAUCUGAGCUCAACCACAACGCUAAGCCAGUGGACAGCCAAGAAACAAAAGAUUCUAACUGCCAGGAGGUAUUAUCUGAAUUAAGGGUAUUGUCUCAGAAACUCAACAAGAAAAACCAUCAAUCCCAGAAGCAAAAAGUGAAUUCAGUGGCGGCUACUCUCCAGGUCCAAGGAGAGGAACCUGCCCCAGAAGAAGAAGAGUCCCUAUUGCUGCAGAAGCCAGAGAGAGUACAGACUAUGGAAGAACUAGAACAGUUGGGCAAAGAAGAAUAUUCUGAAAAUAAGGAUCUCCCCAGACCUGUAUUAGAAAGGGAGCAGAUAGAAAGGACCCCACGUAAUCAGCUUGAUGCUCCAAAGGAGAAGACAAAGAAGGAACAAAUGAUUGAUCUACAGAACCUUCUAACUACAAAAUCUCCUUCUGUGAAGUCUUUGGCAGUUCCCACAGCUAUAGAGGAGUUGGAAGAUGAAGUGGACAGAGACCAAAAGCAGAUGAUAAAAGAAGCUUUUGCUGGAGAUGAUGUCAUCAGAGAGUUCUUAAAAGAGAAGAGGGAAGCUGUCAAGGCAAAUAAGCCAAGGGACGUAGAUCUGACACUGCCUGGCUGGGGCGAGUGGGGUGGUGUAGGUCUGAAACCUAGUGCCAAGAAAAGACGCAGGUUUCUUAUUAAAGCCCGUGAAGGUCCUCCAAGAAAAGACAAGAAUUUGCCAAAUGUAAUUAUCAAUGAGAAGCGCAACAUCCAUGCAGCAGCUCAUCAGGUCCGGGUACUUCCAUAUCCAUUCACCCACCAUCAGCAAUUUGAAAGGACUAUCCAGAACCCCAUAGGAUCCACGUGGAACACACAGAGGGCAGUCCAAAAAUUGACCACUCCCAAGGUUAUCACCAAGCCAGGCCAUAUCAUCAAGCCCAUAAAGGCAGAGGAUGUAGGCUACUGCUCUUCAAAGUCCGAUCUUUCUGUCAUACAGAACAAUGGAAAACAACUCUCUAGACAUCAACAAAAAAAGCUGAAGAAAAACUCAGAUUGAUUUGCCAGGAAUGACAUCUUGGUGGCCAUAACUGGGAGCCCUGAUAUCUUUGGUUGCUCUUUGCUAUAAGAUCAAUUUCAAAAUAGGCUUAGUACAAUGGUGUAGUUAAGCCACAUUUUAAAAAUAAAGUCAUUUUUAUCU